GACACAUUUCGCGUUUUCAAAGUUCUCAAAAUUAUACGUAAUUUACCUUCCUUAUAUACACAGUAAUGAAUUCUAAUGGUUAGUUUGUGGACAUAAAGUGAUAAUUAGCCCAAUUAUGGCUUCAAAUCUAAGACCCGAUUGUAAAAACAUCUCGCUAAUUAGGUAGGGAGUCACGUGGUACCGUGACGUCAUAUGCGACCUUCCUCGAUCAGCUUAUAGUAAAAAUAGUGUGGAAAUCUUAAAGAACUCAGCUUUUAAUCACCAUUAUUCACCAUGGACGACAUCUGUUCCGAUUUUGAGGAAAUUCCCGAGAAUCUUCACAUUCACCCUUAUAUGUUUGAACCACCGGUGCGUUCAAAUAGGAAUGUAAAUACCCAAGAAAGUAGCGAGGAAAGCGAGGAUGACAUCUGCAAUGAUGAGAAAAUUGAUCGCCGUCGGAACACUAUUUGGUGCGAGUGUGGGAUUUGUGAAGUGAUGGAGACCAGAACAGAAUGCAUAUGCUGUGCUGAGAUUCCAGUCAUAGAGGAGCUUCGAGAGUCGAGUGACCUUGAAUGCAUCACACAACACAGAACUUUCAUAGACAAUUGUUUGAAUCCACGAGUACUGGAAGUCAGUCUUUAUGACUUCAUUCAAAGAGAGGGGCCUUUGGAUGACAAUGAAACCAUUAAUGAAACAUACAGACACAUUGCAUAUCGCCGGUUUGUCCUCUGGAUAGGGCAUCGACUCGGACGGAGGAAUCGUAAAGUUUUGCCAGCAUGUGCUGUCACAACAAUUCGCAGGACAUUCCCAUCAGAGCACAGGGAGGAAGGCUGGCAUAUGGGCUUUGAUUCCUAA